UGAGGAUGUGUUGAUGGCUGUUAAGGCUCUGGGAGACAUGAGAAAUCAGAGGAUCUCGCCUACCAGUGCAGCUUCGUACCACUCGCCUAGUGCCUCUCCUGACCAGGCGAGUAGGGCAUACGAUUCAUCCUCUAGGAGAGAGCAGCCCAAUUCGGAGUAUGAUGCUCAGGGUACUCCGUCAGGGAUGGGUGGGAUGCCCAGCUCCAGUCCUGGCCAGCAGCAGCAAGCGGACUUCGUCUCCCGUGUUUCGUCCCACUUUCCCAUUGUCAACACUGCUAUCCGCGCGUAUGAGAACUCGAAGAACAGUUCGCCUCUUGUACAGCUCGGAGUGAAAAUGGUCGAGUCUUCUAUUGCGACUCUCUCCAAGCCCGUCAUGGAUCGGCUUCCCGUCGCUCAAAUGGACGGUUUCGCCUGCCGGCAGCUAGAUAAACUUGAGGGCAGAUCUCGCUCGUAUUCUGGUUCCCAGCCGACCAGCGCUGGCCCCGCCUCGGACGGUCACGCACGCGACUGGGAGGUGAAUACGCCCACGAGCAUGAAAGCAAUGUAUUCCCAACCGGGUAACCCGUCGAGUAUGUCGCUGGACACCCAAGGUACCUAUUCUUCCGAAACGUUGCCUCCUCUCUCUCCCUCCACCACGAGGGACAUCGAUGCCCCGCAACAGCAGCAGGCUCAGCAACAACAACAGCAAUCAUCCCGCGCUCCUUGGCAGACAAUGCUCGUCGGCGCCGGCGGCUUGACCGCGGCAGUGAGCGAGGAAAACAUGCGCAGGCUUCAGUUGUGUCUGGAAUGGCUACGAUGGGCAACACGCAUCACAGACCAACACAUUGCGAUCCUCCGCAACUUUCUCUCCUCCUUAUCGAUGCCUCUCCCCCACCCAGAAUCCACCCCCAUCUCUCCCGCCUCGGCUCGCAUCCUCGCCGAUGCCCAGUCCGGCGUAGUCGAUGCGAUCAAAAAAGUCGUAGGUGUCGUCUCCUCCUAUACCGGAUCUGCCCUUCCCGAGCCCGCACGCGCCGCAGUUCGCAAAUGGAUCCUCGAGCUUCCCGAACGGUGGCGCGCUGCCACCCUGGCACAGGAGCGUGGGCUUCCCCCGCCUCAAGUGGUGACGCUCAUGACUGCCGAGGGACAGCUGCCUUCCUAUACUACGGCGAAAACGAUGGCACAUAAAGUUUUGGCGCUCGCUGUGGAGAGCUUGGACAUGCUCAAAGCUGUUACGGGCGUGUUCAUGGACAGCCUGCAGAGUGCGGAGAACUGGCUGGACAGGUUCGGUCGCUCUCGUCCUCUUCCUUCCUCCACACUUUCCUCUGGUACAUCGACCCCCAGCGCGCACACGCCCUACCCUGCCUACCCGUGGCAGGAAAAGCCGCCCGUGCCUCAGCAACAACAGGAGUAUCAUGGCUCGGGGUAUUACUCGUAUCCCCAUCCGCAGGGGCAGGAGGGAUACGGGUAUGAAAAGGGAAGAGAGAUGGUGGGUCGUUAGUUGCUGUUGAAGAUGUACUGGCGGUAUGGAGGGCAGUUUGGUGGGUUGGUGGGUGAAGAAACAGGAGAGGAGGAGGACGCUGAUCUAGCUGGUCGGCAAGGGAGGAUAUAGGACUGUAAGAAUCGGCUUUGAUGGAUGUACGAGCAAACACUACUACGCCUUUUUAUUGGCAUUUUUGCUGGUCAGCUUCUUCUGGAUGGAAUAUCGUACAUAAUAUUUCUGCUUUUGCAUAUUUAUCUGACUGUUGUUC